AUGCCCAGGUACGGUGGCUGCUACUUCCGCCGCGCUGCCUGCACUUACUUGAAUCGGGAGGAUGCUCUGACGCAUGUCGAGCAGCGGUUGCCGACGCCGCCGGCAGUGAACGAGGAGGAGCUCCCUCCUGCUCUGGAGGUGCCGGCGGAGGAGGAGGACCUCCCACCAGCCAGACCCCCCACGCCAGAGGGCUACUGGCAGCGCGGGACACAGGAGGAAGUGGAGAGUGCGGAUGGUGAUGCCGGGCGUCGCACGCCACUGUGCGACAGGGUCCUCGGAAAGCUCAAGAGUCGUCCCCAUCGCCUUGGUGACGAACGCGCCUGGCGCCUCACGCUGAUGCGGAAGCGCACCCAGCGCGCGAAGGCGAGGCGCCUUGCGGUAGCCCUGGCACAGGAGCGUGCAGACGAGAACUCGGUGGAGGCUAGCGCCUCGGUCGCCGACUUCCUGGGCAACAUACGCCCUAAGGAGGUCCAGGCGUACCAGGUCGCUCUCCGCCGCUUCGGGCGCCGGGCAGACCGACGCAUCGACCAGGCCGAUCUUCUGGAUGCGCUCAGCGAGUUGGGCUUCCGGCCCAGGAACAAGCAGGAGCGUGCAGCCUUUCGCGAGCUGCUCUUCGGGGUGUCGUCCCUGGAGGUCGAUGCCGACUAUGUGGUCCAGUGCCUCGUGCCGCAGGCCCGCGUGCAGUUGGCAGAGCUCCGAAGGCCCUUGCUCAUCAACCUUUUCCAGGAGGCCGACGAGGACAAGAGGGGAGAGUUGUCCGUCGCCGAACUCCUCGCCGUGCUUGAGCGCAGCGGCUUCUACCCAACUCUCAACGAGGUCGUAGAGGCCGUGGUCGAAGUUAUCCCUGGCGCGAGCACGCUGACGAACAUGGAGGGGAAGAUGCUGCUGGACCGCAUCUCAGUGUCCUUGGCCCACUUCCGCAUCCUCGCCCCGCUGCUGCAGGAGAGAGCAGAAUACUCGCGCCGCGCACGCGCGCAGUUGAUCAGUGAGGAACUGGACCUCGAUGAGCGCAAGCGGCAGCUGUGGCAGGAUGGCCUGGUGGACUUCCGCGAAGCCUUCGACAAGCGCCGGGUGGAGCAAUAUUACAUCCAGAUCGCGAGUCUCCCCCUGGUCUUGCUGGACAUCGAGAUGAUGCCCAAGAAAGGACCCACCCAAGCACUGCUGCAGUCUCUGGCGCAGGAAGAGCUGUCGAAGGCCGAGCCCAACGAGCAGCGAGCGAAGGAUCGGCUGACUUUCCGGCAGUGCGCGCGGGUGCUGACGCACAUCCGCGAGAAGGAGUGCGACAGGGUGGUGGCCAUUUUUCGGGCCAGCGACGCGGACGGCACGAAUGGCCUGAGUGUGCAGGAAGCCCGGAAGUGUCUCUCUGCCUGCGGCAUCGUGGCCCAGCACGAGAAGGAAGAGAACGAAAUUUCCGAGCUGAUGGACGAGUUUGACAUCGACGAGUCCGGGGAGCUUGAGUUGGACGAGUUCUUGGCCUUGGUGAAGUUUGUGACCUCGCGCUUGCGGCAGCGCCGCCUUCGCGAGCAGGCCGAUGUGGCGUUGAAGUAUGGCUGGCAGGCAGAGGAGUUCGAGGCAAUCCGCGAGAGCUUCAUGGCCGCCUGUCAGCAGAUGGACGGUCGUCUCCGCGAGGCCGAGGCCCUUGGAUUUGCUAAUGUCCCUUGCUGUGCUAAAGAGGAUCUUAUUUCGUAA